UUAGAUGUGAGCCCAGACAAACCCUAACUCCCAACGAGGUGAAAUCGGAAUCAAUCGAGCCAAACCAAAUCUCAGAUUCGCAAAUUAUCAGCGAAGCAUGGCUGUAAUGUCGAGGCACAUCGGAGGGCCGCCGCCGGCCGCCGUGGCUGAAACGGGCAACCGCCCGGCGGAGUCGCCCCAGCACGAUACCGUCGGCAAGAAAGCUGACGGCGGCGAGGUCGACAACUUGUCCCCCGUGGAGGACAUCCAGGAAGAGAUCGACGGAUUAGAAUCGUCGACGGUCGAAAUGGAACAAGGCUCCGCUCAGAAAUCGCUCUCUAUCGAGGUGGACCAGGCUGCGGCAGGUACGGACAAGGAGGAGACCACCGCAGAGGUGGCCGAAGCCGCCGCCGCCGGAGUCGGCUCUCGUAGCAAGAACUUCGACCCGCUGGAGGGAAUGAUUGCGGAUAAGUCUGAGUGCAGCGGAGAGGAACUGCCCGGCGCCGCCACGGAAGCUACAGCCAGCAGAGCGCGCGGGCAGGGAUUGACUCUGGCUGACAAGACUGCCUGCGGCACUUCGGCGGGAUCAGCGAGCGACGCCAAGCGCAUCGAAGCGCCGGCCAAGCUCGAGGCGAAUCCUCUCAUCACCCUAGUAAUUGCCGAAACGGGUUCCGAAAGCACUGAAUCACUGAAAGGGGUUGACAAUGCAGAGUUCUUCAUACAAAUCGACACAGACUCUCACGGCAUGGGGCUGGCAGCCAUGGUGGAAACAGAGAAUGGAGCUUCUUUGUCCACCAAGUCUCAGCCGAGGGUUGAACAGCCGCCCCUGCCUGUCCCUAUAGUCUCGCACCACCGUGGCACUGCCCAGGAGCUGAUGAAAGUUACCAGUAGAGUGGAUGCAGAACGUAAGUUGAAAGAGAUCGAACUGUCGAACAUUCAGAAGCACACAAAUGACCGUGACAUUGGCAGAGGUCGUCAGGACACAGGCACCAGCAACAGAACUCAUUUCUCACACAGCUCUUCUGGGGAGUGCUCAGCUCAACUUCUGGAUCAUUUAGGGACAUAAUUGAUGAAGAGGAGAGGGAAGAGAUUGAGCCCCAUGAGUUACAAAUUCAGACAAGUGAAAUAAGUGAGGAGUUUUCCCGUCUGGGUAAUGAGGUGGUGGCUGUAUUGGAGAACAUCAAGCAAAACAAAGACGGUGUCGCUUUAAGAGCUGCCGCCGAACUUAUUGCUAAGGUUUCAGAGUCAUUUUCCCCGCGGGCACGCCAGCAAAUGCUCAUGGAUCCAUGACUGUCUCAGAUGCUUGAGUACAGAGAGAAGCCUGGGAAUCUGAUGAGGAAAGAAUGGGAAGAGCAGAAGAUAAGAAGGAUUAAAUAUAUGCUGCAAGCUUCAUUCGAAGGACGCGCCAGCAGGACACUACUUACUUACUUACGAAGCCUUUGAUCCCAAACAAGUUGGGGUAGGCUAGAUAUGAAACCCUUUCACGAGGACUUCCCAGGAGGUCACCCAUCCUAGUACUACUCUUGCCCAAAUGGGUUUCAUACCCAAAAGACUGGCUAGUUUUUACGUUGGCUCGCCAAGCCUAUCACAACCCUUAGAUAUGAAACUCUUUCACAAGGACUUCCCAGGAGGUCACCCAUCCUAGUACUACUCUCGCUCAAAUCGGUUUCAUACCUAUGGGACUGGCUAGUUUUUACGUUGGCUCGCCAAGCCUAUCACAACCCUCCUCCUUUACCCGGGCUUGGGACCGGCUAUGCCUAGAAGACAUAGGCGGAGUUACGCGCCAGCAGGAGAAAGUGGAAAAUGUGGCGUAGUUUUGGAGUGACCACCGCCGUGUCAGGGGUAACUGCCGUAUUGCUCUACCUGCUCUCGCUCUUCCUUAACAAAGAGAAAGGGUCAGAAGAAACGCCUUUGUGCAGGGCAAUGGAGGCCGAGCCCCCUGCCCCUCCGGAGGCCGGGAGGAGAAGUGAAUGGAUAGCUUGGGCAUUGAAAAAGGUCCUGGCUCCAGUGAUUCUUGUUAGUGUACUGUCCAUGGUACGAAAGCUUGUGAUUGAGAAGGAACUUGAUAUCAUGGACUAUGAGAACAAUGCCGCUGCCAACUUUUGGAUCAAUUCUUUGUCAAAGGCGGUGUUUUUCGCCGUCAAGGAGUGCCCCAAGCUGCUAAGGCGUGAGCUGUGGGCCCGAAUUCUCGUCUUUGCAAUUGAGCUCGCUGGGUCACUGUACCUGUGGUGGAAUCGGGGGUACUACGAACCCGACAUGCCCGAUGCAUAAGCGGUGGUGUUUGGUGGAGUAUAUAGCUGGAUACGUCUAUUUUGUAGGCUGAUGAACCACAAGGUACUUGGUCGCUGACCACAAGGCCCUAACAGGGUGUCUACCGUGUCGUUUCACGCCUGAUCAAGUGGGAGCUAGUUAAUGCUUUUGCAAGACGCCCAGGCCUUAUUUUGCUAAUCCGCUCGCCUCAUGUUGUAGAUACUCAUGCCGAGGAAUCCCGGUCCACGACAAUGACAAGCCUUUUGUAUCGACAUCACGUUGUCUGUAAAAUUGUAAAUCAUUUGCUAACUACUGCUACGAUGCUAGGCGUGUUUGGGGGUGCAAGGAUGUGACGCAUCAGUAUUUCUGUUUGAUUCCCAGCCUUCUGGACUCGGCGAUAAUAUGCACCCGCACACGAUGCUUUAUUCUGCCGUAGAUUUGCCUGACUGAAAGUGUUCUCGUAUC